AAAACAAAAAUGAUUUCCUUCAGAGCUACUAGGGCUUAUAUAGGGUUUUUCAAUCCCUCCCUCCCAGUCACACUCCAGUCCUUCUAAGCCAAACAGAACCCAUUAAUUCCCGCCUAAUUUUACAAAUUCUGUGGCAGUAACAAUUGAACGUCUAUUUCUCUAUUAGAUUUCCAAAAUAAUUUGGUUUAAUAGAAAAUGGUAUCGCCUAGGCAACUUCACUCGAUAGUGGAAUCCGCCCUUUUCAGUCCGUCGCCACCGUCUGCGGCGCAGAGAGUGGAGCUCUUGCACGCCAUUCGCAGCUCUCUUCCUUCUCUCCAGAACCUCCUCUCCUAUCCGCCUCCUAAAGCAUCGGACCGUGCGCAAGUGCAGUCAAAAGAAGUUAGGUUACCGGAUUCACCGCCAAUUAAGUUAGAUGAUCAGGAUAUUCAGAUUGCUUUGAAACUGAGUGAUGACCUCCAUCUCAACGAAAUAGAUUGUGUUCGAUUGAUUGUAUCUGCCAACCAAGAGUGGGGUUUAGUGGGACGAGAACCUUCAGAAAUUUUGCGCCUUGCAGCAGGACUUUGGUACACUGAGAGAAGGGAUCUUUUAACAGCCUUCUUUACUCUUUUAAGGGCUGUUGUGCUUGAUCAGGGACUAGAACCUGACCUUAUUAUAGAGAUUCAGAAGUUUCUGGAAGAUCUUAUAAAUGGUGGGCUUAGACAGCGUUUGAUUUCUCUGAUAAAGGAACUUAAUCGAGAAGAGCCUGGUGGAUUAGGUGGGCCUCUAUGUGAGCGUUAUGUCCUUGACUCUAGAGGUGCUCUUACUGAGCGACGAGCUGUGGUUUAUAAGGAGAGACAUGUGCUCGGACACUGCCUUGUUCUCUCUGUUUUGGUAGUGCGAACAAGCCCAAAAGAUGUAAAGGAUGUUUUCUAUGCCUUAAAAGAUAGUGCAGCUGAGCUUAUGGAGGUCAAUGGAACUUUGAAACAUCAGAUUACAUUCAGCCUUCUUUUCACCCUUGUCAUUGCUUUCAUUUCAGAUGCUCUGAGUGCAUUACCUGAUAAAGCAUCUAUCUUGUCUCAUGAUGCUUCCUUUAGAAAAGAAUUUCAUGAAAUUGUGAUGGUUAUUGGAAAUGAUCCAACUGCGGAGGGCUUCAUUGGCGGCGUAAGGCUUGCUUGGUCUGUCCAUUUGAUGUUAAUUAAUGAUGUGAUGGCUUCAAGGGAAGAAGUUUCAAACACUUCAUCAAGUGAUCUUGGCUAUUUAAAUUCAUGCUUGGACUUCAUAUUCCUGAGCAAUGUUUUCCAGUUUUUACUGGAUAAUGUUCUUCGAACUGCAGCUUAUCAGAAUGAUGAUGAAGAUAUGAUCUACAUGUACAAUGCCUAUUUGCACAAGCUAACUACUUGCUUCUUAUCUCAUCCACUUGCUAGAGACAAGGUGAAAGAGUCAAAGGAGAAGGAAAUGAGUGUGCUAAAUACAUAUCGAUUCUCUGCUUCACACGACAGCAACUUGCAUUCUCAACAGCCUAUUAAAAGUGGUCCUUUGCCAUUUGUCUCUCUAAUGGAGUUUGUGAGCGAGAUUUAUCAGAAGGAACCAGACUUGUUGUCCGGCAAUGAUGUUUUAUGGACAUUUGUGAAUUUCGCUGGAGAGGAUCAUACUAAUUUCCAAACCCUGGUGGCUUUCUUGAAAAUGCUGAGUACUUUGGCUUCUAGUCAAGAAGGCGCUGCAAAGGUUUAUGAACUACUUCAGGGUAAAGCAUUCCGCUCUGUUGGGUGGAAUACUUUGUUUGACUGCUUAACAAUCUAUGCUGAGAAGUUUAAACAAUCCCUCCAGACUGCUGGCGCCAUGUUACCAGACAUUCAGGAGGGAGACGCAAAAGCACUUGUUGCAUAUUUAAAUGUUCUUCAGAAGGUUAUUGAAAAUGGGCAUCCCACUGAAAAAAAGAACUGGUUUCCUGACAUUGAACCAUUGUUCAAGCUCCUUAGUUAUGAGAAUGUUCCUCCUUAUCUGAAGGGUGCCUUGCGGAAUGCUAUUACUACUUUUGUUCAUGCCUUUCCAUUCCUCAAAGACACUAUUUGGAGUUAUCUCGAGCAGUAUGAUUUGCCAUUAGUAGUAGGCAGUCGUGAUGGAAAUAGUGCAAAACCAAUGGCAGCACAGGUUUAUGAUAUGAGAUAUGAGUUAAAUGAGAUAGAAGCAAGAAUAGAACGAUAUCCAUCAACAAUAUCUUUCCUUAAUCUUUUAAAUGCUCUUAUUGCGGAGGAAAAAGAUGUAAGCGAUAGAGGGCGAAGAUUUAUAGGCAUCUCUUGCUUCAUAUGUGAUGAUGUGUUUGGGCAUUUCCCUCAGAGAGCAUAUGCAGAUUCUUGUGAGAAAUGGCAGUUAGUUGUUGCUUGCCUUCAGCAUUUUCACAUGAUGCUGAGCAUGUAUGAAAUUGAAGAUGAGGACAUUGACAGUAUUGCUGAUCGAUCACAGAUGCGGCCAUCUUCAUUUGAGAUGCAGCUUCCUGUCUUAGAAUUGCUAAAAGAUUUCAUGAGUGGGAAGACGGUUUUCCGCAAUCUUAUGGCAAUUCUUCUUCUUGGGGUCAAUUUGAUCAUCACUGAACGAACCAGUCAAAUUCAUGGACGACUUCUGGAGAAGGCUGUGCAACUUUCUUUGGAAAUCAUUAUUCUUGUUUUGGAAAAAGAUUUAGUUGUUUCUGAUUACUGGCGUCCUAUGUACCAUCCCUUGGAUGUUAUACUUUCUCAAGAUCAUAAUCAAAUUGUAGCAUUGUUAGAGUAUGUCAGAUAUGAUUUUCUACAGCAAAUUCAACUUUCCUCUAUUAAAAUUAUGACCAUUUUGAGUGCUCGCAUGGUCGGGCUUGUACAGUUACUGCUAAAGUCCAAUUCUGCAAACUGUCUGGUUGAAGAUUAUGCAGCCUGUCUUGAGCUGCGUUCCGAAGAGUGCCAGGUUAUAGAAAACAGUGCUAGUGACCCAGGAGUUCUAAUAAUGCAACUUCUGAUAGAUAAUAUUAGUAGGCCGGCUCCCAAUAUUACACAUUUACUGCUCAAAUUUGAUCUUGACGCCUCAGUUGAAAGAUCGGUUCUGCAGCCAAAAUUUCACUACAGUUGCUUGAAGGUCAUUCUUGAAAUAUUGGACAAAGUAUCAAAGCCAGAAAUAAACGCACUGCUCCACGAGUUUGGUUUUCAGCUCCUCAAUGAGCUGUGCGUGGAUCCAUUAACAUGUGGCCCUAUCAUGGACUUGUUGUGCAAUAAAAAUUACCAAUUCUUUGUGAAGCAUCUUGAAACUAUUGGCGUUGCUUCCCUUCCUAAACGAAAUAGCAACCAGCCACUUCGCAUCAGUUCUCUUCACCAGAGAGCAUGGCUGUUGAAGCUUUUAGCUAUAGAGUUGCAUUCUGGUGAUAUGGGCAGCGCCGCUCAUAGAGAAGCCUGUCAGAGUAUAGUAGCUCAUCUUUUUGGAAGACAAAUAGUUGACAUUGGAUCUGAUUGUGUAGUUUCUAAUUCAUUCAGUCCUCGAAAUGGCAUUGAACAUGCUGGAACACGAGCAAUAAGUAAGAGCAAGGUGCUAGAGUUGCUUGAGGUAGUACAGUUUAGACACCCAGACACUGUGAAGCUUUCUCAGAUUGUCUGUAAUAUGAAGUAUGACUUGCUGGCAGAGGACAUACUUGGAGAUCCAACAGCAUCUGGAAAGGGUGGUAUCUAUUAUUACUCAGAGCGAGGUGAUCGUCUGGUUGACCUAGCUUGUUUCCGAGAUAAACUUUGGCAGAGAUUUAAUUCAGUGUAUCACGAGUUGAGUAACCUUGAUGGUGAAGCUGAAAUCAAUGAUGUAAGGGAGGCCAUUCAGCAGUUGUUAAGAUGGGGAUGGAAAUAUAAUAAGAACCUCGAGGAACAAGCUGCCCAACUUCAUAUGUUAACUGGCUGGUCACAGAUUGUGGAGGUGUCUGCAUCAAGAAGAAUAUCCUCUCUGGAAAAUCGAUCUGAAAUCUUAUAUCAGGUUCUGGAUGGAUCACUGAGUGCUUCUGCUUCUCCAGACUGUUCUUUGAGGAUGACAUUCAUAUUGAGUCAGGUUGCUCUUACAUGCAUGGCUAAAUUACGCGAUGAAAGAUUUCUUUGCCCUGGCGGAUUAAAUUCUGAUAAUAUCACUGGUCUUGAUAUUGUUAUGGUGAAGCAAUUGUCAAAUGGUGCUUGUCAUUCUAUUUUGUUUAAGCUUAUAAUGGCAAUUAUAAGAAAUGAAUCUUCAGAGGCCUUAAGGAGACGCCAAUAUGCCUUGCUGCUUAGCUAUUUUCAGUACUGUCGGCACACAAUUGAUCCAGAUGUUCCAUCAGCAGUUAUGCAAUUCUUGCUGCUUACUGAGCAUGAUAGCGAAGAUCUUCAUAAGAUCAAUGGAGAACAGGCUGAACUAGCUCGUGCCAAUUUUUCCAUAUUAAGAAAAGAAGCUCAGGCCUUCUUAGAUUUGGUUAUAAAGGACGCGAUACAAGGUAGUGAACUUGGGAAGACAAUAGCACUCUAUGUGCUUGAUUCAUUGAUUUGUAUUGACCAUGAGAAAUAUUUCUUAAGUCAACUUCAAAGUAGAGGAUUUCUGCGGUCUUGCCUGAUGAGCAUCAGCAAUGUUUCAUAUCAGGAUGUGGGACAUUCUCUAAACUCAUUGCAGAGAGCAUGCACUGUUGAGGCUGAGCUGGCAUUACUCUUGAGAAUUAGUCACAAGUAUUGGAAAUCCGGGGCCCAAGUUUUAUUUUCCAUGAACACUCUGGAGCAUAUCACUUCAUGCAGGGCAGUCAAUUUACAGGGAAGCUUGAGGCGCCUUGAUCCAAAGCUUCGACGAGAUGUGGCUAUGGAUAUUGACAAGCAACGAAUUAUAAUAACUCUAAUAUUGAGAUUGGUGUUUUCUUUGACGUCAUUAGUGGAAACAUCUGAUAUUUUUGAGCAGGUGAAGAACAAAAUUGUUCGUGAAGUUAUAGAUUUUGUUAAAGGACAUCAAUUACUAUUUGAUCAGAUACUUCGAGAAGAUAUCCAUGAAGCUGAUGAUUUAACAAUGGAGCAAAUAAAUCUUGUUGUUGGCAUACUCAGCAAGGUAUGGCCUUACGAGGAGAGUGAUGAGUGUGGUUUUGUUCAAGGUCUUUUCAGCAUGAUGUAUACUCUUUUCUCUUUAGAGUCGGCAAUACCUACUUUGGGCAGAACAGUACAAUCUUUAGAGAGUAAGAGGACCUUAGAACUCAAAACAUUUCUGUUGUGCGCCAGUCUGAGCUCUUAUCUGUAUUUUCUGGUCACGAAGAAAUCUCUGAGACUCCAGGUUUUGGACCGGUCUCUAGACUACCAUUCUCCUGCUGGGCUGCAGCUGCCCACAUUAUCUUCGCUUGGUUGUCUUCUUAAUUCCGUGACAACUUCUCUUGAAAGAGCUGCUGAGGAAAAAUCCUUGCUAUAUAAUAAGAUUCAAGAUAUAAAUGAGUUAUCAAGGCAAGAGGUGGAUGAAAUUAUCAACAUGUGUGUUCGGAGCAAAUGUGCAUCAUCUGAUGAUAUACAGAAAAGGAGGUAUAUUGCAAUGGUGGAAAUGUGCCAGGUUGCUGGCAAUAGAGAUCAGCUGAUUACCGUAUUACUUCCACUUGCAGAACAAGUGUUAAAUAUUAUCCUUGCUCACUUUCAAGACAGCUCUGUAUCAACUGAUACUGAUGGAGAUAUGAAAGCAAUUACAUAUGGUGCUAAGUCAGACUGCACGCAGGAGACAUCUUCAUUUAGUGGAAAACUAGUUUUCACUUUAGAACGACUUGAACUAUUAAGCGAGGAGAAAGUUGGCCGCAAUCUGAAGGUGUUCCGCAGAUUAGUGGCAUCGCUCAAAGAAAUUUCAAUCCAGAAAAUGUCCUUGUAAGUUCGCAGGCAGUGAGUCUUUUAAUUUUAUUCCUUGUAAAUUUUAGGUCCGAGAUAAAAAUUUGUCCAGAAACCAUGCCAACAUUGGGCAUGAUUGUUGUAAAAUGUGCUAUCAUUUUUUUUUGGAAUUCAAAAUGUACAAUCAUAUUAUUCUUGUA